CUCGGGUAUCACGUCUGCUCUGGCGAUAAUGUCCGCUGCUCGUCGCCAAGAAAUUCUCGGUCGGUCCUUGUCUUAUUUCCCACAGGCCUAGGUCUCUAGCGUUCAGUAAUGAGGCUCUAUCUCAGGGGACACGCCCGUAGCUCGCGCCCGUAUCGAUACUAUCUUGAUGGUCUAACCUGCUCUCUCACCGCUGGCAGGCACUCAUGUACCCAUCCAUUUGGAAGCCACGGCGAAUCGCCUUGAUGUUCCCAUGCAGCUUGUCCACAACGAUCGUCUGUGCAACAUCUGGACGUCUUGUGGCCAGUUGAUGGGCGGCUCGGGUUCUUCGAGGACGAGAUCUGCUAAUUGCUCGCUCUUGCGCCGGAAUGGGUAUGGUCGCGGUCUCGCACGCUGUUCCUUUCCCAGUGCCAGGCUGACUAUCGAGAGCAAUCCUCGACUAACGCCGGCCCGUGACUAUCUAUCCCAUCGGCGCGGCGGUGUGCGCAUCACCUUUCGCGUUCCGCAUCUGCCCAAAAAGCCAGGAGCGGACGCGUUUAACGUUUUAGCUUUAGCGUGCUACGGGCAAAACCUCUGGCGCAACCCCUUCCCGUCGCCAACCUGUCCCAGUACGCUGGCUGCAACAGAUACCGAUCGGGCUCCUUUGUCGUGCGUGCUCAGCAACCUGGCGCUGCUCCGGCCUCGUCCUCAUGUUUCUCAACUCGACUCCGACCUCAUCUUGAUAUGUCCCAGCAGGAGAAACAUGGCGCAAUCUUCCAGAGAAGCCGUCCGAUACGCUGAUGUUAUCGUGCUCUGGCGAAUCGUGUUUGGGUCUUUCUUCCUCUGCCCUCCUGCAAACCAUCCCGGAUCUUUUGUAUGACUGUCGCUGCCCCGUAUAAAUGGCGGCCUGUCGUCUCCUCUCCUCAGUCCAACAACCGGUAUCCCUCCCUCCCCUCCUCUGUACAUAGUCCCCUCCUGCCCUCUCCUGCAGUCAUGUGUCACUGGCGUCGGUCCGUGGCUUUCUGCGAUUCUGUGGCUCGAACCCCCUGACAUCUGUCGUCGGCCACAGCGUUCGCAAUAACUACAAGCGCUGCGGGCACUACGUCGACCAGCCCGAUGAGAUGAUUCAAUGCGACGAUCGUUACUGCAAGUUCAGCACGUCGCAUCCCAGGAACUGCGUCCCGCCCCGCUGCACGGAGACUUGCUGGCAGUACCGCCAGUUCCCCGAACAGUAUAACCCCGUCAUCGAUGCGUUUUGCCCCGUCUGCGUUCAGCUUGGUCGUUCUUAGAGUCUAGAUUUCGUUUG